UUGCAGGUGCACGGGCAUGUGAAGUGGAAAGUCGAUCACCUAAGUGUCACCCGACCCGAGCAGACCUCAUAUAAAUUCGAGCUGAGUGGACUCGAGCCGUCAACAAAAUACCAUUUUCGACUGUCGGCAUCUAGCACAAAAGGAGAAGGGCAACGAAGUGCCGAAUACAUGGCAAUUACUGAUGUUCCAGUGCCAGCAGCACCAGAGAUCUCUUCACUGACGUUCGACUGCAAAAAUGGAAUCACCCUGCAGUGGAACUCCAAUACUGGCCAGACCUGCGAAGCGGAAAUUACUAAUGAAACUAACACAUUAAGAUUCAACUCGACUGUUUCAAAGCUCGACGUGAUCGAUCUGGCUCUUCAUGAUGAGUACAAGGUGAGGGUAAAGUGCACAGUACGAAGUAUCGUAGACAGUCGGAUCACACUCAAGGGACCUUGGGGCUCUGAACAGCGAUUUGUUCUCAGUCAUCAGUGCUCAUAUCAAUCUUCCAUUUGUUCCCCAAAUAGCAAAUGCAUGAGCUUGAGAGAUAACACAAAUCCGCCUCGAUUUUCGAUGUUGGUGGCCAUCUCGGCUUUGGUGCUGUUCGUCGUGCUUUGCUUCCUGAUCAUCUACUCCUUGAAAGGUCGCUGUCUUGAUUUAAAAAUGCUGAUCAAGAAGAAAGAGAAAUGUGUCUACCUCGAGGAGCUCAGCCCUCUCGUCUAUGAUUCGACAACAUGCGACGAUAUUCCUGUUGAACUGUUCUAUGGCUACUGUGAGGACUUGGCACGAAACGACAAUGCAAAGUAUGCGUCACAAUUUCAGCAAGUGGAGCAGAUGACGUCAUGUGAUUGUACGGAACCGGACGUCCUUGAGAAGAACUUGGAUAAAAACAGGUAUUUGAACAUCGGCGCUAUCGAAUCGUCUCGCGUUCGCAUUAACUCGUCUAGCAAUGGCGGCUCGGAUUACAUCAACGCAAACUAUAUUGACUCAUGUGAAAAACGAAACGCCUACAUAGCAACGCAGGCACCGCUUCCAUCAACCUUCGCUGACUUCUGGGAGAUGAUUUGGCAAGAGCGAUGUAACAUCAUUGUUGUAAUUACCAACAUGAUCGAGGACGGAAGGCGGAAAUGCGAUCAAUAUUGGCCAAGCUCGACAAAUUCUGCCCAAACUCACGGAUCUUACCAAAUUGGUCUCGUCAGCGAGGUCUCCAAUACACACUUUGUCCAUAGAAUUUUUACUUUACGAAUAGCUAAGUGUGUACCGCCGACUGAGCGACGGGUGCACCAGUUGCACUUCAAAGGUUGGCCCGACCAUGGAGUACCAGAUACAGUAUUUCCGCUGCUUACUUUCAUGCACUACGUAGCCGAAAUCCACUCUACAGGACCAAUUGUUGUUCACUGCAGCGCUGGUGUUGGUCGAUCAGGUUCUUAUAUUUUGAUCGACAGCAUGCGGCGUCACUUGAUCACCUUCCGGAAGUUGAAUCUCAUGGGCCAUCUGAUUCACAUGCGAAGACAACGAGAGAAACUCGUCCAAACAGUGACGAUAAUUUACACAAUACCGUUUGAGGAUCAAUAUAUCCUGUGCCACGAAGCUGUGCGACAACUAAUCCGUCACGGUAUCACUCGCGUUCAUGCUGAUCUCUUUCAAAGGUGA